GGGGCUCCUAAAAUGUGCUCACGUCUCCACCCUUGUGCCCGCUGGUGUGACACUUGGCUCUGGACCGCAUUCAAGCUGAUGGGUUUGUCUCAACUUUUAAUAAAUAAAGAUCCAACGCCGUCACUUACCAUCAUGUCGUCUCUCCGCUACGCUGGGUCUCCAUUUUCACUCUUUUUAUCCUUCCCUUCCUCCCUCCACACUCCCGACAUCAUUCCUUGACAAGAAUGACAACAACGAUUGCGCGAACCCAUUGAGAAAAGUUUAAGUCGUGAACUUUUGAUACGGAGGGGUACACUUAUCGCAAGCCGAACAGUCAACUGGAUAAUCACCUCCAAGCCGUCACCAUGGAUAUGAGCAGCAUGGAUCACUCGUCACACUCUUCCUCUUCCUCCUCAUCAUCCAUGUCGAUGACAAUGGUCUUCUUUAAUGCACACAAUACGCCCUUAUUCUCAACGCAAUGGACACCCGCAUCCAGUGGCGCGUACGCUGGCACUUGCAUCUUCCUGAUUGUCUUGUCGAUUAUUAGCCGACUCCUGGUUGCGUUCAAGGCUGCCAUGGAGCAGCACUGGUUGGAUGCUCAUCUCAAUCGGCGCUACGUGACUGUCGCAGGCAAGUCCACAGAGGCUGGACGUAUCGAUGCCGACCCGGAUGCAAAAGUGGCUUCCCUCGUAUCGGCACAAGGGGUAGAAGAAUCAGUUAAGGUUGUGCGUCGGGUCACACACGAUCCCCUGCCGUGGAGAUUCAGCGUCGAUCUGCCGCGUGCAUUUCUUUUUCUCCUGAUCACUGGCGUGUCCUAUCUACUCAUGUUGGCUGUCAUGACUAUGAAUGUUGGCUACUUCUGCUCUGUAUUGGGUGGCGCCUUUCUAGGUGAACUGGCCGUGGGGCGGUAUAUCCAAUGGAAUGAGCAUGGCCACUGAUGGCAUAUUCAUUAUUGUAGGGAGGUUUCCCUAUGCUUUCUGAGGUUGGGAAUUUGGACAUUCGUAUGUCAUGACGGGUUUGGAGUUAAAAGGGAGCAUUGCAUACAUUUAGCGUGGGAUUUAAGGCAUUUCGAUUACCUGUUCAUGAUACCUCUGUCAGUUGUUAUUAUCAUGUGUCCUUUUCGAACAAGUUCUUCCUAAGUGGUGCGUCCUUUAUCGCCCGUAACACUCGAUAUACCCUUCUCCAUGGAAUUUCCAUUAUUAUCAAGAUUUAUGAUUAUUAGAAGAAGUAGUACCUGAGAUCAUAUGCAGCCAAUUGAC